AUGUGCCGCCGAGAGAUCCGAGGUGUGGAGUGGACGCCACGCAUGCUCGCACGCCGGCACAAGUCCUGGAAGCACCACUUUGGCCUGCGCCUCCGCGCUGUCGAUCCGUUCCGCGCCGCUCUGGCCCAGGCCGUACCACAGCUGUUGAACGACGCACGCACACGCGGAAUGACCACCGAGACGGUCGAAAUCGCCGUCGCACUGUGGUACGACACUGCCCGGGAGCGCAGGUUUGUCAGGUCGGUGGUGCUGCCACAUGCUAUCAGAAUUGGGCUCAUCACUGGGGCAGCCACCGGACAGCCCGAACUGCGACGACAGGCCGAAGAGCUGGGGGUGGCCUACUACGACGAUGACCACCUCAAGAGCUUCAACAAGGACAAGAAACGAAUCAAGAAGUGGGAACGGGGGCAUUGCUGCUUCCUGGCGGCGCACCAGGACGUCAUCCGCAUGAUGCCAAGGUUUCUGGGACCCCGAGUGGGCACUUCGCGGCAGACCGUACCGCUGCAGGUGCUGCGCACCGACGUCCCACUGGCGACAGUGGUCGAGGAGCGUCACCGGACGGCCCGCCUGCGCCUGCGCAAGAGUCCGACCCUGCAGCUUGCCGUGGGCAACGUGGGCAUGAGCGCCGAACAGCUCGUCCAGAACGUCGAAGCUUUCGUGGCGGCGCUCAGGGAAGAGCUGCCGUCGUGGGACCGGGUCAGCAGCAUCACGCUGCACGCCACCAGGGGACCAGCGUUCACUCUCCACUCGGCCAAGCGUCGGCCUGCCGUCGAUCGCGAAGAACAAGACGAGUGA